GAGCCAUGCUUCGAGUUGGUCCUCAGAGAACCUGGGCCCCGAGGUCCCCCAGCCGCCCAGCUCAGCCCUGCCAGCAGCCCCCUCGGCUUCCCCAUGGCUCUCCUGCGCCCUCUGCUGACCGCCCUGGCGCUGCUCGCCUGCCGCCCUGGAGGCUCUCUGGGCUGUGCCCUGCCUGGGAGCCACGCGCAGGUUAGCAGGGACAACUUGGUGCUCCUGGGCCAGAUGCGGAGACUGUCCCCUUUCUUGUGCCUGCGGGCCAGAAAAGACUUCCGCUUCCCCCGGGAGAUGCUGGAGGGCGGCCAGCUCCGGGAGGCCCAGGCCGCCGCCGCCGUCCUGCGGGAGCUGCUCCAGCAGACCUUCAACCUGUUGCACACGGAGCGCUCCUCGGCGGCCUGGAGCCCCGCGCCGCUGCACGGACUCCGCUCUGGCCUCCACCGGCAGCUGGAAGCCCUGGACGCCUGCUUGCUGCAGGCCACGGGCGAGGGAGAGCGCGGCCCGGGGAUGCACGGCCCUGCCCUGGCCAUCAAGAGGUACUUCCAGGACAUCCGCGUCUACCUGGAGGACGAGGGAUACAGUGACUGCGCCUGGGAAAUUGUCAGGCUGGAAAUCAUGAGAGCCUUGUCCUCCUCGGCGACCUUGCAAGACAGCUUGGCCAUCAAGGAUGGAGACCUGGGGUCACCUUGA